CCACACACGCCAUCAACUCACGAGUCAUACCUGACGAGUCGUUCUUUUAUAAUUACCUUAUCUUAUCGUAACUCGGCGGCUACUCCAACUCAGUACCGACUGCUAAGUGCCAACAGUGAAGCUGAGCCAAGCGGAGCUCCCUCUCCAUCACCCAGAUUUCGAUUCUUCCGCCGGUUGAGGUUUUCGUUGCAGCCGGCGAAUCCUUUGAGGGAGUGAGAGAGAAGGGGAAUAAUCAAGUGGAAGCAGAAUGUGGAAGCUGAAGAUAGCCGAUGGAGGGAGUAAUCCGUGGCUGAGGACUACGAACGAUCAUGUAGGAAGGCAAGUCUGGGAGUUCGAUCCGAAGCUCGGAUCUCCCGAGGAGCUCGCCGAGAUUGAGCAAGUUCGUCAAGAUUUCUACAAGAAUCGGUUCCACAAGAAGCACAGCUCCGAUCUCCUCAUGCGCAAACAGUUUGCAAAGGAGAAUCCGCUGGUUAAUGUGUUGCCUCAAGUGACGGUGAAAGAGAAAGAAGAUGUUACAGAGGAGGCAGUGACCAUAACUUUAAGAAGGGCUUUGGAUAAUUACUCGACGAUCCAGGCUCAUGAUGGACACUGGCCAGGGGAUUAUGGAGGGCCUAUGUUUCUCAUGCCCGGUUUGGUAAUUACUCUGUCCGUGACAGGGGCAUUGAAUGCAGUUUUGUCAGAAGAACACAAGCGGGAGAUGCGCCGGUACCUCUAUAACCAUCAGAAUGAAGAUGGUGGGUGGGGCUUACAUAUCGAGGGACCUAGCACCAUGUUUGGAAGCGUUCUCACUUAUGUAACGUUGCGCUUGCUUGGUGAGGGAGCUAAUGAUGGAGAAGGAGCGAUGGAGAAAGGGCGUGACUGGAUCUUGAACCAUGGUGGAGCUACUGCGAUAACCUCGUGGGGGAAAAUGUGGCUUUCAGUACUUGGAGUCUUUGACUGGUCUGGCAAUAAUCCCCUGCCCCCUGAGAUAUGGCUCCUUCCUUAUAUUCUCCCAAUCCAUCCAGGAAGGAUGUGGUGUCAUUGCCGGAUGGUCUAUUUGCCUAUGUCCUAUUUGUAUGGGAAAAGGUUUGUUGGUCCCAUCACCCCAACAGUUUUAUCAUUGAGAAAGGAACUUUUCAAUGUACCGUUCCAUGAAGUUGACUGGAAUCUUGCCCGGAAUGAAUGUGCAAAGGAAGAUCUCUACUACCCACACCCUCUCAUUCAAGAUAUGCUCUGGGGGUUCCUUCACAAGUUCGUUGAACCUAUUCUGAUGACCUGGCCUGGAAAGAAGUUGAGAGAAAAGGCACUUCAGACUACAAUGGAGCACAUACACUAUGAAGAUGAAAAUACCCGUUACAUUUGCAUAGGACCUGUAAAUAAGGUAUUAAAUAUGCUCUGUUGUUGGGUGGAGGAUCCAAACUCGGAAGCUUUUAAGCUGCAUCUUCCAAGAAUACCUGAUUACCUUUGGGUUGCUGAAGAUGGAAUGAAAAUGCAGGGGUAUAAUGGAAGUCAGGCAUGGGAUACUUCAUUUGCUGUUCAAGCAAUUCUAUCAACCAAUCUUAUUGAAGAGUAUAGUUCAUCACUUAAAAAAGCACACACAUAUGUGAAAAACUCACAGGUUUUGGACGAUUGCCCUGGUGACCUUGAUUAUUGGUACAGACACAUUUCUAAAGGUGCAUGGCCUUUCUCAACUGCUGACCAUGGAUGGCCUAUCUCAGACUGCACAGCAGAGGGAUUAAAAGCUGCUCUUUUACUAUCACAAAUGCCAUCAGAGCUUGUUGGGGAACCAUUGAAAGCUCAGAGAUUUUAUGAUGCUGCAAAUGUGAUUUUGUCAUUACAGAAUGCUGAUGGUAGCUUCGCUACGUAUGAGCUCACAAGAUCCUAUAGUUGGUUGGAGUUGAUCAACCCAGCUGAAACAUUUGGUGACAUCGUUAUUGAUUACCCUUAUGUUGAAUGUACUUCAGCUGCGAUUCAAGCCUUAGUACCAUUCAAGAAACUUUAUCCUGGACAUCGGAUAGCAGAAGUGGAUGGUUGUAUCAAGAAGGCUGUUGCAUUCAUUGAAUCCAUUCAGGCUACAGAUGGCUCAUGGUAUGGUUCCUGGGCCGUUUGCUUUACGUAUGCUACAUGGUUUGGCAUAAAAGGAUUGGUUGCUGCUGGAAAGAACUUCGACAAUAGCUCUUGCAUCCGGAAAGCAUGUAACUUUCUGUUGUCCAAGCAGUGUCCUUCUGGUGGCUGGGGAGAGAGCUACCUUUCAUGUGUAAACAAGGUAUAUAGUAAUCUUGAAGGUGACAGGGGCCACGUGGUAAAUACCGGAUGGGCGAUGUUGGCUCUGAUUGCUGCUGGCCAGGCUGAGAGAGACCCAGCGCCACUGCACCGUGCAGCCAGAUUCUUGAUAAAUUCCCAAAUGGAGAAUGGAGAUUUCCCGCAGGAGGAAAUCAUGGGAGUUUUCAAUAGGAACUGUAUGAUUAGCUACUCAGCUUACAGAGACAUUUUCCCGAUUUGGGCGUUGGGAGAAUACAGAACCCGAGUCCUUCAUGCGUUGGGUUGUAGAAUGCUGACGGUAGCUUCGCUACAUAAGGUCCUAUAGUUGGAUGGAGGUAGUCUCUUUGGCUUGCAAAUACUCUAUUGCUUGCAUUUAGACCUCACUGACAGAUCAUAUAACCUGGAGCAGUUCGACGAUUGACUUGUUCUGUAAGGAUUUGUAUACCAUUGUCCUUGAUCUCUUCAUAUACCAGGUAUAUAGCAAUCUUGAAGGUGACAGAGGCCACGUUGUAAAUACUGGAUGGGCGAUGUUGGCUCUCAUCAGUUCACUGCUGGCCAGCAGGCUGAGAGAGACUCAACACCGUUGCACCGUGCAGCCAGAUUCUUGAUAAAUUCUCAAAUGGAGAACGGAGAUUUUCUGCAGGAGGUAAUGAAGCCAGUGUGAAAUGGAGGACACUGACUGAAGAACAUGCAAGAGACAGCUUUGAAAACCUUCUCUUCAGUGUAUGCCGGUUCAGAGAGCUUACUGGAACUUAUCCUCAAAAUAUAACGGGUAUUCGGUCUCCUCUUGGCAGACGCGUCAUUUUGUCAUCUCAAGAACAUGUAGUUGGGUCAACCUCUAAAGGUAACCUUGACUUCACAGUGAGAUCAGUUUCAGCUGCUAAUUGUAGACAAGGCUUUACUAGUGGCUCUCUUUUACCUGGCGCUUCUCAUGGCAAUGUUCUGACUAAAGAAUCCUUCAUCCGGUACUUUCAUAACACUCCGGUCCUAUAUAGCAGAAAAGCAGUUGAUGAGGCCUUGGGUUUAAAGACAGAAAGGAAAGGGAAGUUUAAGAGAAGGGACAAGGCACAGAUGAAACCUCCUGUUGAAGCUAAAUACGUGCCCCCUAAACUAACACAAUAUAUGAAGUCCUCUCAAGCUAAAAUGGUCGACAUAUUUGAAGGCAUGACCAUCGUUGAACUUGCCAAGCGUACUGGUGAGUCAAUCAGCACCUUACAGGAUGUUCUUCUUAAUGUUGGGGAAAAGCCCGGGUCAGAGUUUGAUCCUCUCAGCAUUGAUGUUGCGGAGCUCAUUGCUAUGGAGGUUGGGGUUAAUGUCAAGAGGCAACAUUCAUCCGAAGGCUCACAAAUCCUUCCACGACCUCCAGUUGUUACAGUCAUGGGUCAUGUUGACCACGGAAAGACAUCUCUCCUGGAUGCCCUGCGCCAAACAGCUGUGGCUGCCACUGAAGCUGGUGGAAUAACUCAGCACCUUGGUGCUUUCGUGGUAGGGAUGACUUCUGGGGCAUCAAUCACAUUUCUCGACACGCCAGGCCAUGCUGCAUUCAGUGCGAUGCGAGCAAGAGGUGCAGCAGUCACCGACAUUGUUGUUCUUGUAGUUGCUGCUGAUGAUGGGGUGAUGCCUCAAACAUUGGAAGCUGUGUCCCAUGCAAAAUUAGCCAAUGUGCCAAUUGUGGUUGCUAUCAACAAAUGUGACAAGCCAGCUGCGGACCCAGAGAGAGUCAAAGUCCAGUUGGCAUCAGAGGGUUUGCAGCUAGAGGAAAUGGGCGGUGAUGUCCAGGUAGUUGAAGUCUCCGCUGUUAAGAAAACUGGGUUGGAUGACUUGGAGGAAUGCUUGCUUCUUCAAGCAGAGUUGAUGAACCUGAAAGCUCGUGUCGAUGGUCCAGCUCAAGCUUAUGUUGUGGAGGCAAAACUCGACAAAGGUCGUGGACCACUGGCCACAGCAAUAGUGAAGGCAGGAACCUUGGUCUCUGGGCAGCACAUUGUGGUGGGGUCAGAGUGGGGGAGAAUAAGAGCUAUAAGGGAUAUGGUAGGGAAGUUGGCACAGCAGGCGACACCUGCAAUGCCAGUUGUGCUUGAAGGGCUGAAGGGGCUUCCUAUGGCUGGAGACGAUAUCGUUGUUGUGGAGUCCGAGGAGAGAGCUAGAAUGCUGAGUGCUGGUAGGAAAAAGAAGUUCGAGAAAGAUCGGCUGAGACAGAUUAUGGAGGACAGGCCUGUGGUUGAGGAACCAUCAGAAGAAGACGGGCCUGUAGCUGUAAGGGUUGAGAUGCCGAUUGUAGUGAAAGCAGAUGUUCAAGGAACUGUCCAGGCUGUCACUGAUGCUUUGAAGACUUUGAACAGUCCUCAGGUUUUCGUGAAUGUAGUCCAUGUAGGCGUAGGUCCAAUCAGUCAGUCGGAUAUCGAUCUAGCUCAGGCAUGCGGUGCGUGCAUAAUUGGAUUCAAUGUCAAAACUCCACCUGGUUCAGUCAGUCUUGCAGCAACUAAAUCCGGCAUAAAGAUAAUGCUGCAUCGAGUUAUCUACCGCCUUUUAGAGGACGUGGGCAACAUGAUAGUAGAGAAAGCUCCCGGGACUUCUGAGACUCAUGUAGCCGGAGAGGCCGAAGUCCUUAGCAUCUUCGAACUGAAGGGGAGGAGCAAAGCCGCAGGAGGAGACAUGAAGAUUGCGGGCUGCAAGGUGAUAGAUGGCCGAGUCAGCAGAGCAUCAACGAUGAGGCUCCUUAGGAGCGGUGAAGUCGUGUUCGAAGGAUGCUGCUCGUCCCUCAAACGAGAGACACAGGACGUGGAUGCAGUCGGUAAAGGGAGCGAGUGCGGAAUGAUGCUCCGUGAUUGCCAAGAUUACCGUGUUGGAGAUGUGAUCCAGUGCUUGGAGCAAGUCGUUCGGAAGCCCAAGUUCGUUUCUUCACAGAGUGGCGCUGUUCGGAUUGAAUGCUGACACACACCCUCGAGCAUUCUUCCUCCUAGUUUGCAGCCUGCAAAGAAGUUUUGAUGGAGAAGUGCUUGAGAAUUAAUCAACACACCAUAUUAUUUUUUUGUUGUUGUACAUUGCGAGAAGGGAACUUCAUUUCAUCUAGAAUAGGGAAGCAAAGGAUUCUGAAAAUUCUUUUUAGGGGACAUUCUCUGUACGCGGAUUAUGAAAGCUGGAGAACUCGUCCUGUGUUGCUCCAUGCAAUAAGCAGCAGAUGAACCACAUCCUUUUAAGUCAUGGUUCGUGAAAUUGUAAAGAAUGCAAGGUCGCGAAACUGUAUCAGAGUUUGGUAAGAAUGCAAGGUCGCGAAACUGUAUCAGAGUUUGUAC